UGGAUAUGCCUCAACGAAACCUGGACAGGAUUACUGUUGAUGUUCCAAUCAUGGAUGUUGAUCACAUUGACCAACUAGUACGAGAUUGACGGCGGUAUCCAAGCUGUCACCCUCCACUUGCCACACGUACAAGAUGGCUAUAAUUGCCCUGCUGAUACCAUUUCCAACCUUUUGCAUCUCUCUUCGCCUCUUAGAUCUUGCAAUAUUAGCCAAUCCAGCCCAUCUCUGUGCCCUCCUCCCCCAUCUCUUCACGAAUAGAGUUGAUUAAAGUUGGAUAGUAAAGGGAGAGACAAAAAGGCCUCAAUCAGACACACAGCCUUUGGAAGGAGAGAGAAAGGAACUCCACCUUCUUUUCCUUGCUUGCUUGGCGUUAGGAGCUCAUCGACGUAUGCAGUCUCUUCUUCCUGCAGCCUCAUGGGGCCAAGAGCGGUGUGUUGGCCUGUCACCUCUCUCCUCUUCUCCUCCUUGUUGCUCGUCGCCCUUGGAACGGACUCGUCGACCAUGUCGAUCGAGUCCUUGGAUUCGACGAUUCGCGACCGUGCUUUCGACCUGUUAUCUCGAGGUCGAACAGGUGUGGCAUACGAGGUGCCUCUUCCUUCGAGUCUCUCCGGCGUCAGAGCUUCUGUCCAAAGGAUGAGGAGCGGGAAUCUGUGGAGCAGAGGAGCCCGUCUCGGCUCCCUCCACGUCCCUCCGAGGACGACGACCGUCCCGUUCGUGAGGCGGCUGGUCGUCGUCCACCAAGACCUCGGCAACCGGUCGUCGUCCUUCUUCAACGUCCCCGGCUACUCCCUCCUCGCUCCCGUCGUCGGCUGCCUCGCUUACGACGCAUCCGGUGGUUCCACUUCCAACGCCACCCGGAAGCUGGAGCUCAGAGUUCUGGGAGAUCCCAUCUCCAUCACCUUCCCCCGAGUCACAUUGCCGGCGGGACUGAACGCCACGAUCGAGUGCGCCCGCCUCGGGCCGCACGGAUCGGUGGUGCAGCUCGCCGACGCGGCGUCGGACAACGCCUGCGCCGCGACGAGGACAGGGCACUUCACCAUGGUCGUGCCGUCGUCCGUGGCGAGCUCGGCUCCGGACACGGCGAGGGAGACGACGUGGAGGGUUUGGGCGGUGGCAUGUGGGAGCGGAGUGGUUGGGCUUCUCUUGGUGGGUUUGGUAGGGAUGGGAAUCAUGAGGUUGACGAGGAAUAGGAAAAUGGAGGAGAUGGAACAGCAAGCAGAGGAAGGUGAGGCUUUGGGCACAACCUGGGCCGGGAGGAGCAAGAUGCCAUCUGCCGCCAUGAGUAGAACAAAGGCAGUGAUGGAGGAUGGAACUACUGCACCGUGACUGACUUUAUCAUCACCUCCUCCUCCUCCUCUAUCAUCACAAAAGGAUUGGAGUAGCUGACAACAACAGCUACUUGAAGUGUCUCCGGUAGUAGAUAUCUUAGUCGAGUCACUUCUCUUCUUCCAGAUAGAAGAAGAAACAAAUUUUAGGAUCUCACAGGUGAUGUGGAUCCUAGAGAUAGUCUUCAAAAUAAAUCACUGGCAUUAUUGCUUCAAAUUGUGUUUCUUUUUCCUUUUUUUUUUUUGGCUUACAUUUUUAAUGAUUGAAACCAAUCAGGUGUGUUAAUUUUCUGCACUAAUUUUGCCCAUAUUUUAUGGUGGCCUGCUUCUUGGAUUCUCUGGAACUUCACUCACACAUUGC